UUGGACAUCGGCGAGAAGCUCGGCGAGGGGGGCUUCGCCGUCGUGCGCCUCGCGACGAAUCGGGUGACGUCGGCGACCUUCGCCGUCAAGGAGGCGCCGCACAAGCCGGGCCACGACCCGAACCGGGACCCGGACGACGCGGACAUGCUCGCGGACGAGGCGAAGAUCCUGCGGAGCCUCUGCCACGACACGGUCAUCCACUGCUACGACGUCGUCGUGCGGCCGGAGCAGUGCUUCGUCGUCCUCCAGCUCAUGAAGGGCGGCGAGCUCUUCGAUAGAAUUGUUGGCAAGCCGAACCACCACUACACGGAGAACGAGGCGCGCAAGGCGGCCUACGUUUUGCUCAACGCCGUGGCCUUUCUGUCGGACCACGGCGUCGUCCACCGCGACCUCAAGCCGGAGAAUUUACUCCUGGCCGACGACGCCAACGACCACGACUUCAAGAUCGCCGACUUUGGCCUCGCGGCGAUCCUCACGGACGAGCGGCCGGCGCUCAACGACUUCGCGGGCACGCCGGGCUACGCGGCGCCCGAGGUCUACGACGCGCGCGACUUCUACGACGUCGCGGGCUACGGCGUCGCGUCGGACUGCUGGUCCUGCGGCGCGCUCAUCUUCUGCCUGCUCGGGGGCUACCUGCCGUGGUCCGCGCGCGACGAGGAGAAGAUGGCCGCGAACAUCCGGGCCCAGGACGUCGAGUUCCACGCGGGCUACUGGGACACCGCGUCGCCCGAGGCCAAGGAGUUGAUCGCGGGCCUCCUGCGGCGCGACCCGGCGCGGCGGCUCUCCGCCGCGGCCGCGCUCGACUGCGCGUGGUUCGCCAUGGAC